ACUUAAUGAAUAAGAUUCUCAAAAAAUUUCAUCAAAAAAUUCCACCGGGAACCGCCCCAAAUGGCAUCAGCCGGACAUAGCAUCCUAAAUAUGGCCUUAUUUGACAUUUGUUUCCAAGUUCGAAGCCCUAUCUGACCCUUAUCCCAAUUAAAAAACAUAUGUUUAUAUUUUGGGUUACUCACAACCUGCAUGGGUCAACUCACUGAACAUGCAACCCGUGCAAGUUGACCCACGAAACCAGUGAGUUCAUUGGGUAAACAAAUGACAACUCUUACCCCCCGUGAAAUGAGAUGAAAUGGGCUAGCCUAGGGAUUUUGACUCAUUUUGACAGCUUUAUCCACAGUCAAGUGAAUUUUAUUUUAAACGCUGAUUGACGAAUUCACAUACAAUUCGUUUCUCUUACAAUUUUAAUAAAAUCUUUAAGUUCAUAUUUUGCCGUGCGGUGCACGGGUACACAUACUAGUAUUCUAAAUGGUAAGAUUGUCUCAAUAUGGAACUCAAUGAAUGAUAGUAGGUGCCUUCAACACGUCAUUAAUAACCAAUGAAAUGCCAUGUAACUUAGAAGUGUGUAUGGAUUGUCAUCAACUUUUUUAAUUCAUGGACUAUUAAAAAGAGUCAAUAGACUUUUAAGUCCAUUUUUUUUUAUAAAUUAUUUCUCUUGACUUUUACAUCCAUGGAUAAGUUUAUAGACUUUCGAAAAGUCUAUAUACUUUUAAAUCCGGAAUACCACUACCGGCUGUCGUCGUCAUCAGACUGAUCCGCAUCACCAAAAUGGAUUUGGUUAUGCAAGGAAACUAGAGUCAAUUAAUUAUAUUAAUUAAUUAAAUUAGGGGUAGAAAUAUAAUAUUUAGUCCUACUUAAGGGAAAUCAAACAUAUGAUCAUACUUUGGGGAAAAUGCUGCUCCCUCCGUCUCUUAAAACUUUACCAACUUUCCCUUUUUUGGUUGUCCCAAAAAUAUAACGAGAAAGAAUUAAUAAAUAAAUGAAACAAAUGUAUUUCAUCUAGCAACACAGCUAGAGGUGUACAAGAGUAAUGAAGCAUACGAAUUCAAAUUUAUUUUUAUUAAAAAGAAAACUCAAAGUUUCGAGAAUGCUCAACAAUCUCGAACUAUUUAUGAUCAAUUGUUAUAUUACACAACUCAAUGAGUAAGAGCAGAAAUCGUUACAAAAGUGUUACACUCAUUGCUACAUGUGGUACACGAAUAAGUGCAAUCGAGUUUAUCUUCUUAAUAAUCGUUUUCUUUUCAUUUUUAGAUUGUUAAAUUUUGUACUUAUUUACGAUUAUAUAUUUAUUAAUUUGAAAUUACAUUUUUAUGUGUUAGCGGUUUAACGAUCAAACACAAUUAUAGUUAAAAUAUUUUUAUCUUAAUGGUUAACUGACGACGUACCACAAUUGCACCGAUCAAUAUGGGAUUAAAGGUUCUUCAAAUGGUUCCUAAUUUUCUUUCAAGAAUUGAACCGAUAACUAAUUUUUCUUCGUAAGACACAUAUAAAAUAUCACUUUUUAUUUUUUUAAGUUUAUCUUGCGUAUAAGUAUUAGUGUAGAAUCUCCUGGUUCAACUUUAGUUAUCGUAAAAUGAUAAAAAAUCAAUAUUUAAUCUUCAAAUCUUGCAUAUUGAGACCAUCCUGGUAUCCACCUCCCGACCGGGCCGGUACUAAUCCAGGACUUGUUGGCGGGUUGGUGAUCUCGGGUAAAUGAUUAGUCAAAUCUGCAACCACAUCUAUGCGUACUUGUGAUGAGUGGAAGAUAACAAAAAAUUCCACGAAAUUCUUUGGUGAAGAGAAUAGACAAUUGCAGAGAUUAAUGUACUAAGAAUGAAUGAAAAGUCCACACAAAUCCAUAUGUUGAGGUUUUGUCCCGUAGAUCCGGAAGCCCAACAUAAACUUCGGAUAUUAAGGACGAUGGAUUCGGUAUAACCAUAAAUAAAAUAUAUAAAGGGUGUAUGAACUAGCUAUUUUUACGUGGAAACCCGGAAAGGGAGAAAACCACGGGACUUUUUAGGCUAACGUCCAAGCCCGCUCUUUCUUAUUCAUAUCCUCCCAUCACUCAAUUACAUAAUACAUAUUUUCGGACCCCAUUAAUGGAGCUUGGUGCUCUUCUAAAACAAUAAAGAGGAUGGGGGGAGAAGAUACAGUAAUGAAAGAGAAGAGCUUCUGGAGCUCCAAAAGAGAGAUCCUUUAAUUAGGAGGCUUCGCCUCCUAUUUAUAGAAGGGGAGGGGGGUUUUAGGGCUAUGCUAAUGGGCCAAUGGGCCUAAAUGGGCCGGUUGGGCCUAAAUGAUCCUUGCUAACUGGGCCCCGUAUCGGGGCGGUGUAUUGGGCCUCUGAACAGUAGUAGGCCGGGGUAAUAUACCCAACACAAGUCCCCCAGUUUCUUGAGUAGUGAGCCUGCAAAUCUACUCGAGAAAGUAUAAUCCUGCUCACGUCCUUCCCUGCCUUCCCUGAAUCAGAGUCUUGGAGUAAUCUCGGACGCAAGGCAUGUAUAAGCCCUAAGUGAGGUGCAAUCCCGCACUAGACACGACGGCGCUGAAAAGCCAGUCGUUCGUGCUGUAUAAAGCGGCAGUCCCAACCCUGAAUGGCAUGGGUGGAUCCGACCGAGAAGAAGGCACGACGGCGCUGUAGAGCCAGCCGUUCGUGCUGCAUAAAAGCGACGAUCGCCAUCCCAGAGCAAGGAUAGACGAGCCCGUCAGAAAACUAGGCACGACGGUGCUGUGGAGCCCGUACGUGCUGUAUAAGAGCGACGGUUGCCAUCCUAUAGCAAGGAUGGACGAGCCUGCCAGAAAGCCAGGCACGACGGUGCUGUGGAGCCCGUACGUGCUGCGUAAGAGCGACGGUUGCCAUCCCAGAGCAAGGAUGGACGAGCCCGCCAGAAAGCCAGGCACGACAGUGCUGUGGAGCCCGUACGUGCUGCGUAAGAGCGACGGUUGCCAUCCCAGAGCAAGGAUGGACGAGCCCGCCAGAAAGCCAGGCACGACGGUGCUGUGGAGCCCGAACGUGCUGUAUAAGAGCGACGGUUGCCAUCCUAUAGCAAGGAUGGACGAGCCCGCCAGAAAGCCAGGCACGACGGUGCUGUGGAGCCCGUACGUGCUGCAUAAGAGCGACGGUUGCCAUCCCAGAGCAAGGAUGGACGAGCCCGCCAGAAAGCCAGGCACGACGGUGCUGUGGAGCCCGAACGUGCUGCAUAAAAUAAGCGAUCGUCAUCCUAGAUUAAGGAUGGACGAGCCUGACUCGGACAGACAUGGACUUGACUCGACUCAGACAGACCUGGACUUGACUCAGACAGACAUGGACUUGACUUGACUCAGACAGACCUGGACUUGACUCAGACAGACAUGGACUUGACUUGACUCAGACAGACCUGGACUUGACUCGAGACCACUGCGGGCCAUCAUGAAUUCACAUCACCUCCCAGCCAAUUAUAUUCCCCGUUCGCUCGCCUUCGCCGAACGGGUCGUUCUCCCCUGGUCGUUCCAAACAAUAGUUCCAUUCGACCGUUCGUCCCACUAGAACGGUCUGAUGUACAACGAUGAUCACGUCGUGCCGAGGUGGCUGAUCGUAGAGCUACAGAAGCGGUCAGAUCAUCUGGAUAAUAGGUCAUUUCUGCUACAAGUCAGCACCAGGGUUAAGGUGCAAGCUGUUCGGCUUAUUUCCGCCAUUUGUUCGUAGUUUCCUGAUCCGCAAGGUAUCACCUCUUGCUGCCUGCUGCCUUAUAGGCCCAAGGCUGAUGUAACUUGUUCGUGUUAUCAUCCGUGUUCUUCCUGAUCCGCAAGGCAAUCACCUCUUGCUGCCUUGUAGGCCCAAGGCUGAUGUAACUUGUUCGUGUUAUCAUCCGUGUUCUUUCUUAUCCGCAAGGCAAUCACCUCUUGCUGCAAGACAGUUUCACAAUUUGUGUAGUGUCUGCCAUCUUCCAAGCCCAUGAUUCCGAUGCAUACCGUCGGUUUUACCGUCCGGGGUCAUCCAUAUCAUGAGGUUGAGAUGUCCAUCCUGGACCAUUGAAAAUAAGGCUCCCAAUUCGGGUCUCCCCCUUAUUCUCUGCCAAAAUGGAGACUCGCCUCUUGGUUACAGCUCGGGUUCCACCACAAUAAGGUUCGGGCGAGCUGUAUGGCCAAGGCAAGAUUUUAAGACCAGAGUCCCGAUCCCCCGCUCGGUCACCCUAUGACUUCGGAUGCCGCCCGGUUCGUCCUACUCAAGAUCUUUUACACCAUCUCCCAAGCUGAGUCCGGGCUUGGUUAACCUGCAUCUUUUUUUUUUUUUUUUUUUUUUUGUGCUGAGAUGGUGGCUCCCCAUGGAUCGAGACAAGUGGUAUCUAUCGAUCGAGGUGAGACUUUAUGGAAUGUGAAGAUGCCUCCUAAGCAAAUAAUGUCGUGCUGUGGGGCUGAUCAUGAUAUGAGGAACAUGAAUAAUCCAAGGGUCUUGCGAGCGCCCUCUGCUCAAGGACAAUGGCAGCAACUGCGGCAGCGGUCCACAAAAUGUAGUCAUGCUGAAAGUCAAGCAACGGUCCUCAUCCGCGCAGUGCGGGGACGAGGCCGGUCUUCAAAUAUGAUAAUGGCACCGUACCAGAGGGUCGGUGGCCAUGUAAUGAGGUCGCCACUGGGGGCUGAUCGGAACAGAACUAGCAACGGUCCUUAUCUGCACGAUGCGGGGACAAGGCCGGUCUUCAAAUAUGAUAAGGGCACCGUACCAAAGGGUCGGUGGCCAUGUAAUGAUGUCGGCGCUGGGGGCCGAUCAGAAACAAAUAAUCAACGGUCCUCAUCCGUGAGGAGCAGAAAUGAGGCCGGUCUUCUAAAUGAUCACCAUGCCGAGCCAGAAGAGUCGGUUGUGGUGAGAGGAAAGUCGGCGCUGGGAGGCCGAUCUGUAAAUCCGAGGGUCUUGCAGGCGCCCUCAGCCCAUAAUGUUGCUCUAGGUGCCGAACGGCGAAGGCCGGAUUGCCAGUCAGGUAGCGUAAUCUGAAAGCUCGUGUAUCGUAUAGUCCAUAGAACUUCCCUUCAUGUGUUGUGACAUCUAUACAUUUGUAGUCUCUUCUUUUCUCAAUUGUCCAUGAUUCCUUCUACACACUAGUAACCUCACUCUCUCUCUCACUCCUUUUUUUUUUUUUUCCUUUUUUUUUUUCAUUCCUUUUUUUUUUCUUUCCUCUUUUUUUUUUUUGCAUUUCCCGAUCUUCCCGCCCGGUCUGACCGAACGGCUCUAAAUGUAAAUGUUCUUUCUUUUUGUUGCCAAUCAUGAGCGUCUCUGCGCGUCACGUCGAACGUCAUGAACAUCUCUGUGCAUCAUGAACGUCUUUGAAUAAAUGUGAUUCUUUUCUUGUUGUCGGGCAUGAACGUCUACGCGCUUCAUGCUGAAUCGUCAUGAACAUCUACGUGAAUCAUGACCUCCCGUUCGAGAAUAUCUCAAGAAUCUCACUGCACAGUAAGCAUGGUAAUACGGCCGUACGGCCGAACAACAUAUACAAGUAUAUACAAUUACACACAUGUAUAACACACUUCUUUUGUAUUAUUUUUUAUUCAUGGCUACCGGCCGAAGCGUUAAUAAUAACCCUCGGUCUAGAAUUAUUUCUCGAACUGCCAGAGUCCACGACCAGAAGCACCUAGUGUUUUCCCGGGUAUUCAAGUACGUAUUUCGCCCCGUACUGGGUACAAUUGUCGACCUGGCAUUUAAUGCCGAUCGGGACCAUGAAUGGUCCUUAAAUUAAAAUACGUCCUUAGGCCACGCCCUAUGGGACGUUUUAGUCAAUAAGUUUCGGCCGAUCGGGAGUGGACCGUUCGGCCACUCAGACUAAGCAUUUAAUUUAAAAUGUUGGUGAAUUCCUUACGAGAGUUUUGCCCAGUUUAUUAUUCAACUCGAGAUAUUUUAAUCCCUCCCAACCAGAUAAUCGCUCAGAAAUAUUAAUACAUCAUUCUAUUCAAUUUUUUCAUGGAUGUCCGGCCUCACUGAGCGGGUCCACAAAUGCUCCGACCGCUAAUUAAGGCCGAUCGGGAUAAGUCAAUAGCCCCCACUACAACCAAUCAUUUAAUUUAAAAAUGACGGUGUACUUAAUCAUUGGGGCUUCGCUCGGUCAUUAUUUAACUCGGGAUAUUUUAAUUCCUACUAAACAAAUAAUGACGAUGUGUAGUUAAUAGUAAUAUUACUACAUCAUUCCAUUUAAUAUUUUCAUGGAUGUACCGCCCCCAACGAGCGGAUCCAUAGAUGCCCCGACUGCUAAUUAAGGCCGAUCGGGGUAAACCAAUCGCCCCCAUUAAGAUCAAACAUUUAAUUAAAUGUUGAUUGAAAUGGUCUUCACACGGCUUUAUUCUAUUCGGGAAUUCUAAUCCCUACUAAAUACUCCGUAACUUUGAGGUCACUAACAAUAGGACCAUCGUUCCUACUUCCUACCAUUUUAAUAUGCAGUCCUUUAAUUAGCAAAAGUAAGGGUUAAAGUACUUAGCUCCUUUGUGAUAGGCUGGCAUAAAGUGGACAUGGGCUAUUGCCAAUCCAGAAGAAAUUCCCGUCCGGUGCUGGUCCCAUCUACUUGCGUCGCUGAAGCCUACUUCUUAAUUUGGUGUGGUGGGCCCUGCUUUUGGCCAGCAACUUUCCUUAGCGCAGCUAUCCGACCCAAGUAAAUCAGACCCGGAGCUUCGAUCGAGGAGAAGCCGGACCUUGGCGAUCCCGGACGGCGUGGUACUGUACGGUAAGAUGCCGUACGGCCAGGUGUUGGAACUGAGUUGGGUGACGACCGACUUGGGUAUUAUACCGAGCGGGAGGUACUGUACGGUACGGAACCGUGGAGGGGCGCCCUAGCCGGGCUCCGAACGGCGGUAUUUUGGAGAUUUAGGCCGCCACUCCCUGUUAUCCUUACUGGUCUGCUUGAAUAGGAUCUGCUAUCCCCGUCUGGACGGAAAUUUGUCGGUCGCCGGUGGACGGUGGUCUCACGAACGAGAUUAGCUAUCUCUGCCUGAAAGAAGACCGGCCGGCAUUAGAGUGAAGCAGCGUUGCAGGUGACGUGCUCCUGGGUAUGGGGUUCGGGAAACUCCCGUUCAGGUAACCUCCCAGAGAUUUGAUUUUUUCCUCUGCUUUGAUUGCCAAAAAUGGAUGGACAGGGUCACAGCCGGUAUAUGUUGGUUGUGUACAUUCCCGUUCGGUUAACGGUGUUUGCCUGAAGACCGAGCGGCAUUUAAACAGGGAUAGCGGCUCCCUGGCAUCCGUGGCUGAGAGCACCUGGGGUUUUGCUGCUGGUUUGCGGUUGUUAGCUUUGGGCGUUCAGGAGCUUCCCGUUCGGGAUGUGAUGUCUCAAGGCUAGGUAAUGCCAGAGCAGCCAGGCUGUUCGAGCAGGAGGUGCUGCUGUCGAGAUUGUUCCCUUACGUUGUCGUCAUAGCUUGGCCCUGUUCAUCACGUAUGUUCCUUCAUGAAUAUGUCUUUAUACCGUUCGGCAUUCGGGAAGUGAAGCUUGUUUUGGAUAAUGAUGACUGUCAAAUCAUCCUCUUGUUUUUUGUCAGGCUCCCCACUUGUGUUGUCAGGCUUUUCCUUGGAAAGAUAUUUUCCUUAUCUCAAGUUGGUGGGCGUGUGGGCCCCUUUUGCAUCUUCAUCCUUCACUGGAAGGCUUCCAUGGCUAGUUCACUGGUUCAUGUUGGAUCUUAGGACAUGGAACAGCUGCUUGAUGGCCAGCUGCUUGACUGGGUCUGGAUUCUUCACCAGGAGCUCUUUAUUCAUAGUUUUUCGAAAAUCCUUCCCCUUGCUUGUUAUCUUUGAAGGUCAUAUCGUUUUUUUUUUGUAUCAAAAAAUUUGUAGAAAAUCAAGAACACAUGAAUCUUUUUGAUCUGUUCCCACAGACGGCGCCAAUGUUGAGGUUUUGUCCCGUAGAUCCGGAAGCCCAACAUAAACUUCGGAUAUUAAGGACGAUGGAUUCGGUAUAACCAUAAAUAAAAUAUAUAAAGGGUGUAUGAACUAGCUAUUUUUACGUGGAAACCCGGAAAGGGAGAAAACCACGGGACUUUUUAGGCUAACGUCCAAGCCCGCUCUUUCUUAUUCAUAUCCUCCCAUCACUCAAUUACAUAAUACAUAUUUUCGGACCCCAUUAAUGGAGCUUGGUGCUCUUCUAAAACAAUAAAGAGGAUGGGGGGAGAAGAUACAGUAAUGAAAGAGAAGAGCUUCUGGAGCUCCAAAAGAGAGAUCCUUUAAUUAGGAGGCUUCGCCUCCUAUUUAUAGAAGGGGAGGGGGGUUUUAGGGCUAUGCUAAUGGGCCAAUGGGCCUAAAUGGGCCGGUUGGGCCUAAAUGAUCCUUGCUAACUGGGCCCCGUAUCGGGGCGGUGUAUUGGGCCUCUGAACAGUAGUAGGCCGGGGUAAUAUACCCA